AGGCAAAUAUAAAAAUUCAAAAAAAGAGCCAACAACUUGAGUGCCACAAUUAAUUGUUGAAUUCUGUAAAUCAAAUUUAAAAGUUAUCUAUGCCGUUUGAGAAGGAUAUAGAAUUAUUUCAAGUGUGGGCAGCUAAAUUGGGAUGCCCGCCGAAUGCAAUACCUUCUGAGGAAGCAUUAAGAUCGAUCUAUAAGUCGCGCCAGCGUGAUUUAUUUUGUAAUUUAAUCAAAAGCGUACGUUCGCGCCAGGAUGUGCAAGAGGUGCGCGAGAAUAUUUUAAUCAAGCGUUUGGAAAAACUGAAGGAUCAGGUGGUUCCGACUUCCGCUCGAAGCUUUUUGCCCAAAGAAAUGCAGACUUACCUUAAAGCAAAAGAAUUAAAAAGAAACAUAGAAGACGUACAGAUGCGUUUAGAUGAAUAUAGAAAGGAGCACGAGACCCUGGCUAUGAAUAUUAAAACAAAAAACAUCCAACACAUUAGCCUCAAGCAUAAGCAGAAAACCCUAAAAUCGCGCGUUAAUCUACUAGAAUUCCAAUCUGUGUCAUUGGAUAAAAAAAUAAAGCAAGAGGAAAAAAAUAAACAACUAAUUAGUGUCACAAUGCCGGUGCGCUUGACAGCAAAAAAUGCCAGCGAAGCUGUUGCAAUGGAUGGCGUUAAGCAGGCUCUGCAGGAUCUGGACGAUUUCUAUACGUUUUACAUCAACCAGGCGAGCAGUCCCAGCAGUGUGCAACAAGCAAAGGAUGCUUUGUGGACUAAAAUGCGCUCAAUUUUCUCCAAUAUACCAAAUUUUAUCUUCUUCAAUGUAAUCAUGCGCUUAAAAGAUGAACAACUCCAGUACGUAAUGUCGUUAAUAAAUAAAUCAAAUCAUGAAGAAUCAAGCACUCAUUCCGUCAGCGGAGUGGGCACAAAAGAAACACUAUCGGCUUUCGAAGUCAAACUACUGCAAACAAAAGCGGAUCUUGUGGGCAUGGUUGUAAAAUUUUUGUCCGUCCGCAAGGAGCGUAUCAUACUGGAAGAGCGAUUCGCCGAUGCCUAUGGCCCUUUCGUGGAUGAGCUCCAGAAGAAGGUUAAUCUAUUCAAUGCAAAUGCCAAUGAGAAUAUCAACGAAAUCAUUUCUGACUAUCUGGUGCAGUACAAUUUGCGAAAUUUCUCAAAAUGCCAAAAUGAGUUUAUCGCUCAACAAAUCGACGAGUGCAAAUCAGAUAUCGAUUAUGGCGCUAAACAAUUAGAAAAUCAUGAGGUCAUUCUGGGUUCCAUUAAACAAGUUUAUAGCGACAUAAACACAUCCAUCAAUCGUAUACAAUAUGAAAUGCUGCAGCUGGGGCAAAUCAAAGAGAAAAUUCUGUACUCAAAAAAUAUGCUGAAGCGUUUAUUGGAUGAAAUGCAAAUGUCCACUAUGGGCAGUAUUACCGCGCCCACUGCCAGCGGCGGCAUCAGAUCCAAUUUCCAACCUACGAAACUUAAAGUCAACAAUAGUAGUUCUACUAUUGGUGAUAGCUUCGAAAUGGGUGGUGGAGACAUGGUUUUUUGCAGCACAAAAUUGGAUUUUGACUCCACGUUGUUGUCACUUAACUUAACUUCCUCAAAUAUAACAGCAACAUCGCACAGACGUAGUGUGGGAUCUGCGGAUACCACACUUAUGCCUGCGGCUGCCGGCAGCAACAACACCGAGGGUCGUUUCAAUUUGCCACCAUACUCCAGCGAACUGAGCACGUUUGCCGAAAUCCCAUUUGAGAAGUUUAGCUGUGUAACGAAAGAAUGCGCUUACCACCUCUCACCCAAUCCGUUGAUCGUGGACUUGCGUGAACUCUGUUCUACAAUGCAAUUGGCGCCAGGCAGCUUGUUGACCGCUUCAGGGGCUUUACAGGAAGUGCGUAAUCGCAUCAAGUGGGCGGAUUUAAUUGCCCAGAAUUCGCAUGACUUGAAAUUGGAUUUGGAUUUGAUUAUGGUCGAUGCACAAAGUUGUAGGCAAAAAAUCAAGCAACACCGUGAGCAAAUUGAAGAGAUGUUGGAUAAAAUCGACGUGACCAAUAUAAACACCAAUCGGACACUGCAUAAACUAUCAAAAUUGUACGAUUUCAUACUGGCGAACCCUCUGCGCCGCUAUAUUCCAUCUGAUAGGAAAUACAACAAUCAAACGUAUGCGGAUUAUGAAGCCGAAUUUUCCAUGUAUUACCGCAUGGCAACCGUUGGUGCAUCAAUCAAAUAAUGUGCUUGUAUUGUAAUGUGAUUUGUAUUAAAAAAAAAAAAAGUGUUAUUGUUUACUUGUAAGUUGAAACAUUAAAAAAAAUU